UUAUUUUUGAAAUCUUUGGAGCUUGACAAUGUUGUGUGCAACUACAAUAUAUUUUUUAGCAUUUUACUCACUGGCAUUUUUAAUAAGUUUUGGACAAUCAGCUGAGCCACCAAUUGUGCCUUUUCCUCCCACAAUCAUUAAACAGCCUCCUCAUGAGCAGUUAUAUCAAGUGGCACAAACAGCAGAUGAGAAAGACAACCCCUUCAUGCUGGAAUGUGAAGCUCAAGGAAACCCUGAGCCAGAGUAUCGUUGGAUGAAAAAUGGUCUUGAUUUUGAGUAUGUUGCAUAUGAUAAGCGUAUAAGUCAACAGCCCAGAAGAGGAACUUUAGUAUUCACAAAGCCAGAAGAUAUUGAUGAAGGCUUAUAUCAAUGCUAUGCUUCAAAUCGCUUUGGUACUUCUGUAUCAAAUUCAGUCUUUUUAAGAAAAGCAGAAUUGAAUUCGUUUCUUGAUGUGGAAGCUAAGGAAAAAGUUGUAAAUGAAGGAGAUCCUUUAUCAUUAAACUGUAACCCUCCUACAGGAUAUCCUCGUCCAACCAUUUUUUGGAUGAUUCAAUCAUUCACUGGAUCAUUAAGAACUAUAAAUAGCUCUAGAAUCACUGUUGAUCCUGAAGGAGAUUUACAUUUUUCAAAUGUAACUUUGGAAGAUGAUUUAGAUGAAGCAAUGUAUGCAUGCAGUGCUACAUCUAAAUCCCGUAAUGAAUAUAAAUUCGGAAAUAAAAUUAUUUUGAAAGUUGAACCAUCUGGAGGAUCUGGCCAGGCAAGUCAUCGCCCUAUCAGACAGUAUGUAUCGCCACCAAACAUGGUUGCAUUAAGAGGAAAACCAUUAGAAAUUAGUUGUAUAUUUGGAGGAACUCCAUUGCCUGAAAUUAAGUGGACAAAGCGAGGCAGUGAAUUAUACUCAUAUAAAUAUGUGUAUAAGAACUAUGGCAAGACUCUGACUAUUCGGAGUAUUGACUUCAGUGAUGAAGGAACCUACGAAUGUUCUGGUAGUAAUGGGGUUGGAACACCAAUCACUCACGCUGUUUCUGUUACAGUUAAUGGUAUGUAUAAAUUUCUAGCCACUUAA